CUUUGUACUCCAUCAUACUGUUCUGCGUCUUUCUGUGGAUUCCCUUUGUCUAUUUCUAUUAUGAGGAGAAGGAAGAAGAUGAUGGCAACACAUGCUCACAGGUUAAAACUGCACUCAAAUAUACUCUGGGAUUCAUCACAAUUUGUGCAGUUCUCCUCUUAAUUGGUGCUUUUGUUCCUUUGGAUAUUCCCAACAAGAAGAAUUCCACUGAGUGGGAGAAAGUGAAGCUCCUCUUUGAAGAAUUUGGAAGUAGUCAUGGCUUGACUGCUCUUUCAUUUUCCAUUAGUUCCUUGACUGUGAUUGGAAUGUUGGCAGCUAUCACUUACACAGCUUACGGUAUGUCAGCUUUGCCUCUAAACUUGAUUAAGGGAACUACUAGUGCAGCUUAUGAACGUUUAGAGAACACUGAAGAUAUUGAAGAAGUGGAGCAACGUUUAUUAAGGAUUAAAUCAAAGUGUAGAGAUGGUCGGCCUCUGUCAUCAAGGGAUAGACGGACUGUACAACAACUAGAAGAGAGACUAAGGACGCUUAAAAGGAGAGAGAGGCAUCUGGAAUCUAUUGAAAAAAGCUGGUGGAUGAAGUUCUGUGAAGCUAUCCGACCUCUAAAGAUUGUGUGGGGAGUAUUCUUCAUCAUUGUGGCACUGCUCUUCACUGUCUCUCUGUUCUUAUCAAAUUUGGACAAAGCUCUGCAUUCGGCUGGCUUCGACUCAGGAUUUAUAAUUUUAGGAACUAAUCUGACCAAUCCAUUGAAUAUGCUGUUACCUGUUCUUCAAACAGUUUUUCCACUUGAUUAUAUUCUUAUUACAACUAUUGUUAUGUACUUUAUCUUCACUUCAAUGGCAGGGAUUCGGAAUAUGGGUAUAUGGUUCUUCUGGAUAAGGCUUUAUAAAAUCAGACGAGGAAAAACUCGACCUCAAGCACUCUUGUUUCUCUGUAUGAUACUUCUGUUGAUAGUUCUUCAUACAAGUUACAUGAUCUACAGCCUUGCCCCUCAGUAUGUAAUGUAUGGAAGCCAAAAAUACCUGGUACAGAGUAAUAAGACAAUUGAUGGCCAGCCAAGCAAUGUGACAAUAUUUGUGUCUAAAAACUGUGAUGCAGAUGCACCUGAAG